AUGUCCUCCACCACAGCCGCUGCAAGCACCAUCGCCCGGGGCGUGCAAAAAUUGUUCGUGGGCAACCUACCGUGGACGGUCAGCACGAAGGAGCUUAAAUCGUACUUCUCCAAGUAUGGUCAUGUCCAUUCGACGAAUGUAAUCUAUGACAAGACGACCGGAAUCAGUCGUGGUUAUGGGUUUAUCGUGUUCAGUACGCGCGAAGGCUUUACCAAUGCCACAAACAACCGGUUACACGUGCUUGAGGGACGUGUGUUAGACUUACAACCUGCCUCUUCUUAACUUCGCAGGGUUAAUUCCCAAAUCGUUUUAAGACAUACAAUGUAAUCGAACUGUUGAUUCCAUUGAAUAGAAACUUUAUUUAGCAUUACAAAA